UAAUGAGGGUCUUUUUCUGUGCCACAAGCAAAACCAAGAACUAAAAGAAAAAGGGGAGAAAUAAUAAAGCCCAGAAAGGUGAGAUUUUCUGAAUUUUGUUCGCGAUUAUUCGUUCAAUUUCCGUGAAUUCUGUUAGAAACCUUAUCUUCUAAAUUAAUUAAAUGGAAUAUCGAUAGAAAUUGCCGGAAAUUAUAGGUUCGUGUUGAUGCCUCUUUCUCCAUUUCUAUCUUUGUUUUGGUGUCUGUUUUCAACGGCUGAGAACAAGAACUCUGCAAUCGAAUAUGGAAAUCUUUGCUUGAUUUCGAUUUUGUUUCUGGGUUUUGGUCCGUGAAGACUUAGUUUUGGUGGGUCUUUGAUUCUGUUCUCGUGGUCUAAAUCGGCAGGCAGGUUGUUUUGACUGGAAGAUCUGGUUGCAGUUUUGGUGUGAAUUGAAGGUGCUUUUGAUCAGAAUUCGGAAUACCCAUAUAGGUCUUCGUUGGUUUCGUAAGGAAAAAGGUUGGUUUUUAGAUGUCUCGGGUGUUCGAAUCGAGUGCACUGGUUUCGAGACUGGUGAUUUCAUGAUAGGUUUACUGGAAGUGACGCAAGGGAGCAGUUUGAGUCGAUUGGAGAUGUGCCAUGGGUGUAUUCAAUAUUUCAAUGCAAGUUACUCAUUCCGCAGGGAGUGAUUGAUGAUAAAUGGAUUUUGAAUAUUUAGGAAGUCCGAGUUUUCUCUUCAGAGUUGUUUAUAAGGUGAAUUGGGUUGCAGUCUGUUGUGGGUUUCAUUUAUAUUUUUUCCUAGUUGGUUUCGGUUAUCAAGAGGAUUAUCAUAGGUUUAAUUUGGCACUUCUGUUGUGAUUUCGGUGAACAAAUUUGGAUCCAAGUGCCUCCUUGGUGGAAGUUUCAGUUUCUUGUACUUAAGUUAUGGUAUAUGGAAUUGGAUUCUCAUAUAAGAGCAGGAAUUACAUUUUUUUUGUUCCAGACUUCCAGUUACUCCUUUUCUGUGAGUUAAAACAUUCACAUAAGAAGUGAAUAUAGUGCCAGUAAUUGCUAUCCAGUACUUAGCAUAUGAACUAGGGCUUCUUAGGGUCUUGAUUGAAGCAACAAUUACUGCAGGUACUGAUGCUGACAAUAUUUGUUGCUUGAUGAAUGCUUUUAUAAGGAUCUGGAUUCUCUUUCUUAUAUUUGUAGGGUAUUGGCAUGAAUUAAUUGAUUUCUGCUCUUCCAAACUUGGUGAUUAAUGAUUAUUUUCUACAGUGGCCAAUGAGCAGAUCAUAAUGAGUGGAUCUGGGACGGUUCUUAGUCAAUGGACACCCCCGACAAGAGGUUCUCUGAGCUAGUUGAUAUUGUUAAAUCCUGGAUCCCUCGAAGGACUGAGCCACCGAAUGUGUCGAGGGACUUUUGGAUGCCCGAUCAAAGCUGUAGGGUAUGCUACGAGUGUGACUCCCAGUUUACAAUUUUUAACCGUAGGCACCAUUGCCGCCUCUGUGGACGAGUGUUCUGUGCAAAAUGCACUGCAAACUCGAUUCCUGCCCCGUCUGAUGAGCAGAAGACUGGCCGGGAAGAAUGGGAAAGGAUCCGUGUUUGUAACUAUUGCUUCAAGCAAUGGGAACAAGGUAUAGCAGUGGUUGAUAAUGGCAUUCGAGCAUCCAGUCCGGGUCUCAGUCCUUCACCCUCAGCAACAAGUUUGGCCAGCACCAAAUCUAGUGUCACUGGUAACAGCAGUAAUAGCACUGUUGGUUCUACAGCAUAUUCAACUGGGCCUUACCAACGGGUACAAUACAGUCCUAGUCUCAGUCCCCAUCAGUCUGCCAAAAUGGAACCUGGUACAGAUAAGGAAGACAUAACAACACCUGCGAGAAGCACAGAUCCUGUUGCAGACAUAGGGAUUCCAUCUCCCAAUCAAUAUGCUUUUUGCAUUAACAGGAGUGAUGAUGACGAUGAUGAAUACGGUGCUUAUCGAUCAGAUUCUGAAACAAGACAUUAUAAUCAGGGUGAUGACUUCUAUGGCCCUGCUGAAUUUGAUGAGAUAGACAAUGCCUAUGGGUCACAAAAAGUGCACCCAGAUGCUGAAAAUAUUGACACAACAGGGUUGAGCAAUUCUUUGUUACAUGAGAGUUUAGAUUCACAAGGCUUGGAAAGAGUCAAGAAGCAGGGGGAAGAAGUGGAAGGACAUGAUCAUGUUGACGACUGUGAAGCUGCUGCUUCUUUAUAUGAUAUGGAUGGUACAGAGGCUGAGCCUGUAGAUUUUGAGAAUAAUGGGCUUCUCUGGCUCCCUCCCGAACCUGAAGAUGAAGAGGAUGAUAGGGAAGCCAUUCUAUUUGACGAUGACGAUGAUGAUGACGCCACAGGAGAGUGGAGAUAUUUGCGCUCUUCAAGCAGCUUUGGGAGUGGGGAAUACCGUAGCAGGGAUCGAUCAAGCGAGGAGCAUAGGAAGGCUAUGAAAAAUGUGGUAGAUGGGCAUUUUAGAGCUUUGGUAGCUCAACUAUUGCUGGUUGAGAACUUACCUGUGGGUGAGGAAGAUGACAAGGAAAGCUGGCUAGAGAUAAUUACGUUUUUGUCAUGGGAGGCUGCAACACUCCUUAAGCCAGAUACAAGCAAGGGUGGAGGCAUGGAUCCUGGUGGGUAUGUGAAGGUCAAAUGCAUAGCUUGUGGUCGCCGCAGUGAGAGUGUGGUGGUCAAAGGAGUUGUUUGUAAGAAAAAUGUGGCCCAUCGGCGAAUGACAUCAAAGAUAGAGAAACCCCGGUUCCUUAUCCUUGGAGGAGCACUUGAGUAUCAGCGGGUUUCUAACCUCCUGUCAAGUUUUGAUACUUUGUUGCAGCAGGAAAUGGACCAUUUGAAGAUGGCGGUUGCAAAGAUUGCUGCUCACCACCCCAAUGUCCUUUUGGUUGAGAAGGCAGUUUCCCGUUUUGCCCAAGAUUACCUCCUUGCAAAAGACAUAUCCCUUGUUCUCAAUAUUAAGAGGCCCCUCUUAGAACGCAUGGCUCGCUGCACAGGUGCACAGAUUGUACCUUCAAUCGAUCAUUUAUCAUCACCAAAGUUGGGGCACUGUGAAACAUUCCACGUGGAGAAGUUUCUUGAAGAACAUGGUAGUGCUGGGCAGGGUGGGAAGAAAUUGAUGAAGACAUUGAUGUUCUUUGAAGGCUGCCCAAAGCCAUUGGGUUGUACUAUUUUGCUCAAGGGUGCAAAUGGUGAUGAGUUGAAAAAGGUGAAGCAUGUGGUUCAAUAUGGAGUUUUUGCAGCAUAUCAUCUGGCUUUAGAGACAUCAUUCCUUGCUGAUGAAGGUGCCUCUCUGCCAGAACUCCCAUUGAAGUCCCCGAUAACUGUUGCACUUCCAGACAAACCAUCCAGUAUUGACAGGUCUAUUUCCAUGGUACCUGGUUUCAAUGUUCCUGCUACUGGCAAGUCUCAGGGAUCUAAAUCCAGUAUUGAACCACAAAGAUCUGGCACAGUCCUGAGGUCAAAUACGACCUCAUCAAUACACAGUGCCUCCAUUAGCAAAAUGGAGAUGGCCUUGUCACUUGGUUCACCUAAGGAUCUUAAUUCUCUGUAUGAGGGUCAAACUUCAAGAUUUGACUCUUCAGCUCAUUUCCAUUCCUUAACUCCUUCAAUUCAGUUUGGGUCUGAUACCUACCAUAAUGAGAUCUUUCCAAAUCAUUCUGUAGAAGAGAACAAUAAAGUGGGUUUUAGAGAKUCUCUUGAGUCCAAGCAUUCUGCAACUGAUAGUUGUGAAGAUGGCAUGGUUGGCCAUCUGGUUGGUAAUGGUUUUGGGGUUCUAGAGCCCUCAGGGGAUGAAAGGGCUGUAAUUAAUGAUUCUCAAGUUGAUUGUGAUGCAAUUGCCACAAAUGAACCUGGUGCUUCAGAAUUGACAUCCUUGCAGCAUCAUAGAAAUAACUAUUGUGAGGAGCAGGGGUCUUCUAAGGAAGAAUUUCCUCCAUCCCCUUCUGACCAUCAGAGCAUUUUGGUUUCCUUAUCAACCCGGUGUGUGUGGAAGGGGACUGUCUGUGAACGAGCACAUCUCUUCCGGAUUAAAUACUAUGGUAGCUUUGACAAGCCUUUGGGGCGUUUUUUACGUGAUCAUUUAUUUGACCAGAGUUACCGGUGCCGUUCAUGUGAGAUGCCAUCAGAAGCACAUGUUCAUUGUUAUACACAUCGACAGGGCAGCCUCACAAUUUCUGUUAAGAAGCUUCCAGAUUUCCUCUUGCCAGGUGAGCGAGAGGGCAAAAUUUGGAUGUGGCAUAGAUGCCUGAAAUGUCCUCGAACCAAUGGGUUUCCUCCAGCAACUCGGAGAGUGGUGAUGUCUGAUGCUGCGUGGGGCUUAUCUUUUGGGAAGUUUUUAGAACUCAGCUUUUCAAACCACGCUGCUGCUAGCAGAGUAGCUAGCUGUGGUCAUUCCUUACACAGAGACUGUCUCCGGUUCUAUGGGUUUGGGAGGAUGGUUGCAUGCUUUAGAUAUGCUUCAAUCGACGUUCAUUCUGUUUACCUUCCACCUCCAAAGCUUGAUUUUAACUAUGAAAACCAGGAGUGGAUACAGAAAGAAGCAAAUGAGGUGGUUGACAGGGCAGAACUUUUUUUCACUGAAGUAUUCAACAGUCUCCAUCAGAUUGCAGAAAAGAGAUUAGGUGCAGGAUCACUUAACAGCAGCAUGAAAGCACCAGAAUUAAAAAGACGAAUUGCAGAACUAGAAGGGAUGCUGCAGAAGGAGAAGGCAGAGUUUGAGGAAUCUUUGCAGAAAAUACUAAAUAGUGAGGGAAAAAAGGGCCAACCCAUAAUUGAUAUUCUUGAAAUUAAUCGAUUGCGAAGGCAGUUACUUUUCCAGUCUUAUGUGUGGGACCACCGCCUGAUAUACGCAGCCAGUGCUGACAGCCCUCAGGAAGGACCAUGUGGAUCAGUAGCAAAGCAGAAGGAGAAAACACUCGGUUCUAGUGAGAAGAUUGUUGAGAUGAACUGUCCUUCCAAGCCGGGUAAAGCUACUACUAGUCAUGACUCCUUUGUUUUGGAUGCAAAGUCCGAUGAGGAUCCUGUUCAGAAAGGAGCAUUUGGUGAGCAUCCCAACCAGCCUGACUCAGUUAAUCAAGGAAGAGAUACAAAGCAGGAUUCUGAUUAUGGAAAAGAGGGCACGGAUGAUCUUUCUACCAUCAUAAAUCAUUGUGACCAAUCUGACCCCUUGAAGACUGGGGCAACUGUUCGUAGAGUGCUCUCAGAAGGCCAAUUCCCAAUUAUAGCAAAUUUGUCAGACACCCUUGAUGCAGCGUGGACAGGCGAAAAUCACCCAGGAAGCACAACACCUAGUGAGAAUGGUUAUGCAUUUUCUGAUGCAGCUCUGAUGGAUUCAUCAAUCAUAGAAGCUGUAUCAGCAAAACCAGUUUUGGAAGAUCAUAGUGGCCAAAGUGGAGCUGAGGUGGUUCAAUCUCUUGCGCCUGCAUUAGUGAGCAAGGGGGCUGACAACAUGGAAGACUCUAUAAGCUGGGUGGGAAUGCCUUUCCUAAACUUCUAUAGGUCAUUCAACAAAAGUUCCUCAGGAAGUUCUCCAAAGUUUGAUAUGGUUAGUGAGUAUAAUCCUAUCUAUGUCACAUCAUUUCGGGAGUUGGAGCGUCAAGGUGGGGCUAGAUUGCUUUUGCCUGUAGGUGUCAAUGACACUGUUGUGCCAGUUUAUGAUGAUGAACCUACGAGUAUUAUUGCAUAUGCAUUGGUUUCUCCUGAUUAUCAUGCCCAGGUAUCUGAUGAACGGGAAAGACCAAAAGAUGGGAUAGAACCUUCGGUUUCAUUACCAUCUAUUGAUUCUGUGAAUCUUCACUUGCUUCAUUCUUUUGAUGAGACAGUCUCUGAAUCAUUUAGAAAUCUUGGGUCCACAGAUGACAGCAUCUUAUCCACAUCUGUGUCUAGGAGCUCCCUGGUGUUGGAUCCUCUGUUGUAUACAAAGGCAUUGCAUGUUAGAGUUUCUUUCUCAGAUGAUGGCCCACUUGGAAAGGCAAAGUAUACUGUCACUUGUUAUUAUGCAAAGCGGUUUGAGGCCUUGAGAAGGACAUGUUGUCCAUCUGAGCUAGAUUUCAUAAGGUCUCUUAGUCGCUGCAAGAAGUGGGGAGCACAAGGUGGCAAGAGCAAUGUCUUUUUUGCAAAAACCUUAGAUGAUCGGUUUAUCAUCAAACAAGUUACAAAGACAGAGCUGGAAUCUUUCAUCAAGUUUGCUCCAGAGUAUUUCAAGUAUCUAUCUGAAUCAAUUGCCUCUGGCAGCCCGACAUGUCUAGCAAAGAUCUUGGGGAUUUAUCAGGUUACGUCGAAGCACCUUAAAGGAGGGAAGGAAUCAAAGAUGGAUGUUCUAGUUAUGGAGAAUCUUCUUUUUGGACGGAAUGUUACAAGACUUUAUGACCUUAAGGGAUCUUCGCGGUCACGGUAUAAUCCAGAUUCAAGUGGAACUAAUAAAGUUCUGUUGGAUCAGAAUCUGAUCGAAGCGAUGCCAACUUCUCCUAUUUUUGUGGGAAACAAGGCGAAGCGGUUGCUGGAGAGAGCUGUUUGGAAUGAUACUUCUUUUCUCGCGUCCAUUGAUGUAAUGGAUUACUCUUUAUUGGUUGGGGUGGACGAAGAGAAGCACGAGCUGGUUCUUGGGAUAAUUGAUUUCAUGAGGCAGUACACAUGGGACAAGCACCUUGAGACGUGGGUGAAGGCUUCAGGCAUCCUUGGUGGGCCAAAGAAUUCAUCUCCUACUGUAAUCUCGCCUAAACAAUACAAGAAACGGUUCAGGAAAGCUAUGUCUGCAUAUUUUCUUAUGGUACCAGAUCAGUGGUCCCCUCCAACCAUCAUCCCCAGCAGGUCUCAAUCGGAUCUCUGUGAAGAGAACACACAAGGUGGGACCUCCUUUGAGUGAUAGUACAAAACAAGUUUACCUGUAUAUGUCUGGAUGUAAGUUGGAAAUCAAUGAUCUCUCUUUUUGUUUUGUUUAUUUUUUCUGUUUUUCUUUCCCCCCUUUUCUUUUCUUUUCUACUUGCCUUUUUUUUUUCAUGUUUUUCCAUUGUAAAUUUUUUGGAUGGCAGCCUCAUUGCUAUUCUUAGAAAAUGUAUAAAAAAAUUUGAUAGAAAGAGCAGAACAAGGUUGGCUGGCUAAUGCCAAGAAAUUCUCGACGAGGUAUAAAUAUUAGAUGACCUCUCGGUGAGUUAGGUGUACAAGAACAUCUUUGUUCAUAUUCUUAUUUUACUUAUAAUAUAUAUCACGUUAUACCGUCAGAUUUCUGUG